UUUCUAAUUCACAUUUUCUCAGACUUUUUGAUUGUCAGUCCUUUUUUUUCUUUCAUUCUUUGUUGUUUUUUUCCAUUCUUCAAAAUCCAGCCUUUGCUUGUCGAAAAACCAACAGAACGAAUGGACGCCACGUCGCUGCGCAACCAAGCCAUGAUGAACCAGUUUGUCCACGCCACAGGAUGCACAUGGGCAUACGCGCAGACCACCCUCGAGGCCUGCAAAUGGAACAUGGAGGUCGCACUCAGCGCUUUCUACCAGCAAAUCGCCCCGCCGCCAGGGAUGCAAUCGCAGUCCCGCUACGCACAGCAAAAUACUACCCCUUCCAAUACACCAGCAACACCACCUCAGUUCCCUGACGCGCUCGCUGGCUUCAAGAGCAUGAGCAUGCGCGUGGAAAACAAGUAAUAAUAAUACCUUAGUUAACUCAAUGUUCGGCAAGCAAGGAUUUUUCUUUUCUUUUCUUGUCGCUGGACAUUGUUCUUUUUCCCCAUCCAGACCCGUCGUUGUUCUUGUUAUCUCGUGAUUUUCAUGCAUUUCCUCCUCGACGCUGGCGUGUUGGCCUGGUCCUUUUUCUUGAUGUACAAACAAAACUAAUCAAACGAAGCAACGAAACGAUCCCAACCUUCUUUGUUUUGUUGCAUCCUGU